AUGUUUUUUAAAAACUUACUACUAAUUAUGACUAAUGCAUUCGGAAUCAACUGAAUAUAAAAAUUAGGAUAUAAGGAUUUAAAAUUUUAAAAAGUACAGAAUAUGGCAUUUUCGACCCAAAAAAACAAUAUGAAAAAACGAAAAUACAAAUUUAAAUUUAAAAAAAAUUAAGUUUGAAAUUUGGCAAAAAAUUGAAUGUGUCAAUUUGGAAAAUAAUUUAAAGGCUUGAUAAGAUUGAAAAAAAUCUGGGAAUUUUGAAAAACUUUUGGAAAGUAGAAAUUAAAAAAAAUGGAAGCAAAUUUAAAUUUUUUAAAUAUAACAAAAAUGUUGCUUUGAGACGAAAAAUUCAGAAAAUAGAGUUCAAUAUAAAAAUUAAGAUAUAAGGAUUUAAUAUUUUAAAAAGUACAGAAUAUGGCAUUUUCGACCCAAAAAAACAAUAUGAAAAAACGAAAAUUCAAAUUUAAAUUUAAAAAAAAUAAUUUUGAAAUUUUGCAAAAAAUUGAAUGUCAAUUUGGAAAAUAAUUUGAAGGCUUGAUAAGAUUGAAAAAAAUUUGGGAAUUUUGAAAAACUUUUGGAAAAUAGAAAUUUAAAAAAAAAAUUGUAAGUAAAUUUAAUUUUUUUAAAUAUAACAAAAAUGUUGCUUUGAGACGAAAAAUUCAGAAAAUAGAGUUCAAGAACUUAAAAAAAACACGUGGAAACGCGUAGGUUUUAAGAAAAAACUGCACUUGGUCCAAAAAAUUGUAA